AUGGCAUCUACUUCGUCUGCAAAACCAACCAUUGACAAUCUCAGGGGGUUGCAGUUCAACCUCACCAUCUCUGAUGAGUGGUUUUCACUCACAACAGAUGCCAAGAUUGUGGCAUGUGUGGAAAUUCGAGAUCGUGCUCUGAUCGGAAUAGGUGAACUUGAUGUCUAUGAUCCUGAAACCCCCUGUCUACGCCUUGGGGGUAGGAACGCUCGGCCUAUUCACACCCCAUCUGCAAAGCGGAUAGGCCUGGAUGUGUAUCAACACUCAGGUCCUCGCUGUCUCAUGACUGAGAUGGCUCUCAACCUUGUCAUUCGCCCUUCAUGGGUUGCAAACGAAAUUUGGCCUCGCCAGAUCACCCAUUCUAAUUACGAAUCACUCCCACACAUCAAGUUCAAUGACCUUGGUGAGAAGGCUGCCAAUGCAGGCCAAGUCCAUGUGAUCAAUGGACAACACAGAAUUCAAGGAUUGCGCUAUGCAUAUGGCAUGGCAAAAGCUGAAUUAGAGCGCCUUCGUGAAAUAAUCGAGGCACAGGAGGAAGGGAAACAAUCAGAUGAGGACAAGGCUGCCUAUGAUUCCGAACUGGAAAAGUUGGAAAAGUUGAAGACAUGGCCUUGCAACAUCUGGAAUUUAGAUGUUAUCGAGGGAGAUGGCAAGGGUACCUUGCUCAUCGAUUUACUCUCCCAGAACAAGGACACCGUCGAGGUUGCAACAAUGGAGGAGGAUCAGUUGGCACCGAUUUAUCAACAACUUUUGGGGUUAGAGAUGAAAGAAGGGUGGCGUCCACGCUUAUGGCGUGCAACCCCCUUGCCCAGUGACAUCGGAAUGUCACAUCACCGAAAACCUACUGAACUCAUGUUACAGAUCCACGCAAACAAGGCAAAGGUUAACAGGAUCUCAAGGGAUCCCCGAACAACCCGUGGAAUGAUGGAGAUGACCAGGAUGGGCAAGUAUUACCACGACUGGAGUGGUUUCAACAUCAACCACCUGUCACUCAACACAAUCAAGGCAACAUCUUCCACUGCUACCAGCCGGGACGGGCUCAUGGCAAGGGCUGAUGAACUCAUAGCAGAAUUCAAAGCGAUGUUCAUCGAUCAGCAAGAAGCACUGCCUGACCUUGAACACUUCUACACGAUGGAGUUUUGGACAUUGGUUGAAAAGGUGGAACUCGAAGCUGGGCUUGUCACACUUGGUAAAGGGAAGAAGAAGCGGGAAAAGGUAUAUCCCGACGAUGUCUUUCAGGUCUUUACCCUGAUACAGAAGGAGCGCUACAUGACAUAUGUGGCCAAAAUUCGUGAAGCGAUUCAGCAUGUCAUCUCUCGUGUUGAGGCACUGUUGGUGCCUCACGUCAAGAUCUCUGCCCUCAAACGAUUUGACCUCCUUUUCUCUGGACAUCUCCAUGACAUCCAUCCCAUCCUCAUGACCACUGGACUCAUCUCAAAAUUUGAGGACUUGAGUGAAGAGUACAGUGAUUGCUUUCGUGAGAUUCAUGCAUGGGUCGACCCCAUUUCAACUUACCUUCUUGAAUGGCCCAAGGACUAUCCCGCUGAUCGCUCAUACCUGCUCUUUGACUCAUUCUCCCAAGACAAGCACCUCAAACGUCAUUGGAAUGUUGAACUUUUUUUCACUUUCGAUGUCAUGUCUGACCUUGUGCCACAUUUUGCCAACUGGAUGAUUGAAAUGGAGACCGAUCCAAAAUUCAUCCAUAUUCCACAACGUGAGACUACAAAGCUGCCAAGGGGCUUCUUCGAAAAGGUUGGCAUUUAUGCUGAAGCCAAAGGGAAAGGGAAAGCCAAGGCCUUGGAAGCGAACCCACCCUAUCCUCCUCGUCCCUCCAAUCACAACAAUGGAAUCUUUGCAUCAGGUCCCCUUGCACUCACUUGGGAACUUGAAUGUGAUAACUUUAAACUUUGCCACAAUGUUUUUCACACCUGGAACUCGGCAACUGAGAUUUCCUUAUGCCGGGAAUCUCGGAGUUCAAAGCAAAAUGUCCAUCAUGCCAUGUCUGUGUACCCUCUCAUCUCUAUCAGCGAGGGCACAGGGAGCAAUGUGAAUCGUUUAUCCUCCAAGUGGAAGAUCGCAAUGUUGCUCUACAUGAUCCACGAUGCUCGGUGCCGUAAACCUUUGAUCCAGACAAAAGGGAUAACGGCAUUGCUUUACACCACCCUCGCUGACAGGAUCAGCAACUUUGGGAUUGAUCCUCAAAGGUUUGACUUUGUCACCGGUCACGCGAAGGCUGCGAGGAGUCAGGGGUCAAAAUACCUGGAAAACCCUUCUGCAUUUGUUCGAAACCUUCAGGGUCUCCCAGAAGAAUCUGAGGAUGAACCAGAUGAAAGUGACACUCCCCUCUCCCACUACAAGCUGGCAAGAAAACAACACCAGGCCAGUAUCCUUUCCAUGCACAAAGCAUUCCAGAACUUGCCAUGGAUUCACUACCGCAACAAUAUUACAAAUGACAUUGACGAUGACCUCAUUGAGGCAUGGAAUGACUUCGAAAGUGCCCUUCAUCGAUUCAGCAUCGUCCAUGCGGUGAAUUCCGUCCUUAGUGAUGAACAGAAAUUUGGGGAUCGGCAGAAGGUGACCAUCUACGAUGAGGAUCUUUCAUCUGGACAAUGGAUCCCUUCAUCUGGCCGGUCGCUCAGGCCUUGCUUUUACAAGGGCUCAGCAACCCAAGCAGACAAGGCAAGGCCCCCCCCAGCCUUCUUGAAGGGCCACAGAGACUUUGCCUAUAUCUUUGAUGACACCGAGAUGGAAGAUGCGCCAGGAGGGGAUGAAUCACCACAUGAUGGUGCAGCAGAUGAACCAGAACCACCCCAAACCCCCCCAUCUGGCAAGCAAGCUAUGUCUAGCAAACGGUCUUGCCAACCCACAUCAACAUCAAACUCGCCUUCAUCCCAGCUGGCAGUGAAACGGGGCCGAAUCACCGAGCCCCAAACCGAUUCAAAUCCACCGCAUCAAAGUUCUCGUCUGAAGGCAGCAACAUCAGAAACAGUCAAUGCUCAGCGAACAGGUCGUUCAGCAAGGUCAAAGUCACACAAAGGUCCCAAAGGGGACAGCGAUGAACUUGUUGCCAACACAGGCGGCUUGAAAAAGCUCGGUUAUUGA